AAUUCCCGAUAGGAGGUACGUCUAGUUCAUAGUGUACGACAUUUGUUUAUAUAAUGUGUGAGAAUGUACUUCUCAAGGUAUUCGCUGGUACAGAGAAUCUAUAUUUUAAUGCUCGAUAAAAAUAACUACCGCUCUAGAUAAGCAAAUUUCGUACCACUAUGAUAUCCUGUACGAAAUAAUCGCAACUGAUAAUAACUCCAGCUUGUUAAGCGUUUUAUUUAUCAUUUUAUGCACACAACGUGUUGUUUUGCGGUGAAAAGAUGACUUUCCUUUGAAUUUAUGAAUAUCUUCCUGAGUUGCUACAAAAACAGGCGAAAAACUGCCAUCGAUGACAUCGCUGUUAGACCCAUCACCCAAUUCCCUGUUUCGCUGGCAGAGGAGGCCUCCGAAGAGCAAUUUAGUGCAAGCUAUCCGAAUGUGCGCACCGUCGCUAUCAAAAAGCAGGGGAACCAGAGCCUAGGGAUUAUGAUAAUUGAAGGGAAGCAUGCCGAAGUCGGACAAGGUAUUUUCAUUUCUGAUAUCCAGGAAAGCAGUUCGGCUGAAAAGGCUGGAUUGGAAAUUGGAGAAAUGAUCUUGGCUGUCAAUAAAGACUCUCUGGUUGGUUCCAAUUACGAAACGGCUGCCAAUCUGCUGAAAAGAACCGAAGGCUUGGUUACUCUGGUGGUAUCAAAUCCCGGUAAAAAAGACCCCAACCAUUCCCAUUCGCCAACCCCAACAAUUUCAGCCAAUAGCACAAUUGUAGAAAAUAACAAGAAUGCUGUUACCAAACCUGCUACCCUGAAACCUACAGCACCACCAUCUAGACCCACUACACCUGUACCUGAACCAGUAGGAGAUCCAUUAACAUGUCAAAUAGUUCCUGGAAGAGAUAUCACCAUCGAAAUUGUAACUGAGAAUAAAGGAUUGGGAUUAUUUUUUGUAGGAGGAAAAGAUACUUUAAUUCCUAAAGGGAUAGUCAUAGUUGAAGUAUAUUCAGGUGGAAUGGCUGACAAAGAUAAAAGAUUACAACCUGGUGAUCAGAUUUUAGAAGUCAAUGGAACAACAUUGAAAGAUGUUUCAUAUACAACAGCUUUACAAUCGCUGAGACAAACACUGCCAAAGAUGAAAAUGAUCGUGUACCGACCUAACACAAUAGAAUAUACACCUGUAGAGGUUGACCUCAUUAAGAAACCUGGGAAAGGAUUAGGCCUAAGUGUACUAGCUAGGAAGUCUGGUAAAGGAGUAUAUAUAGCUGACAUUGUUAACGGUGGAACUGCAGAUCUUGACGGUAGGAUAGUUAAAGGUGACUUGAUAAUUUCUGUCAAUGGACAGAAUAUUGAAGAAGUAUCUGGUGAAGAAGCGGGGGCCAUAUUAAAGACUGUUGUGGGUAGGGUGUCUUUGAAAUUACACAGAUACAAACCUGUUGUGAGAUAAUUAAGUCAUUCUUUUUUCAAUUUUAUUUGUUGCUCCCUAAUUGACUCAAGUAAUAUGAAAAACUUAUCAUUUAAGAUUGUAAUGGUUUUACAAAUUAACGUGUAUGUUGUAUUCACUAGACCAAUCACAAUAUGAAUUGAUUGAUGUUGUUGAUUAAUUUUCUAAAAUCGUAAAGAUUUGGAGAUACUUCAAUAGAAUCUUAGAUCUUAACUAAAUCAUGAACUAGUUGUAUUUUUCUCCAUUCUUUUUCUUAUGAAUUGUUGAAAGAAUGAAAUCAUGUUUUUAUUUGCGGGUAAUUAUCUAAUUUAUUGACACAAUUUAUUUGUGCAAUGGUUUCUAGUAUAAUGAAGUGUCAUUAUUUUAUUAAUGUUGAAAGUUUUGGGAUCCUUAUUUUACAGUCCUGUAGUUCUAAUGUAUCCAAAGGUUUUGAAUGUCACGAUGUCUCUGGGCAUCGCAUAAAUUCCAUCUUCUUUUGAAUCUCUUUAACAUUUCAAACCUGUAUUGGAUUAAGGGUGUAUAUCUCAUUUUACUGUUAAGCAACAUCUGUUGAUAAUUGAGCCAUUGUUAUUAAAAUGUAAUCCAUUCAGAUUGUUUUCACAUAAAAACUGUACUCGAUAAUAUGUAUAACAAAUGUUCAAUAUUCACAAGAUCAUCUUCACAUUCAUUUGUUUUUGCCAGACCACCAGUCAUUUUUACAUUUUGAAUUGAUAUGAAAUUUUUCUAAACUUUAACUUCCUACUUUGAAAAUGGUGAAUUUAUUAAAUUUUUAACAAAUGUCACUUAUGGAAUCUUCUAUAUUUUUUAAAUUUACUUGUGAUUAUUGAUGAGAAAUCAUUGAUACAUUCAUUCUGAGCCGCAUUUUGGGAAACAUAUUAAAAUUAACGGCAGAUUUUUUUAACUUUUAAUCCAAUUCUGCACUGGUUUUAUUUCCAAGAAGUAUCAGUUAUAGCUGCUCAGUUAUUUUCUAGAAAAUGACAGAUGUGCAAUGGACAUUACCAUUAUUUUUGUUGCUAAAGGUUAACGCAACUAACGACAUACUAAGGUACGACACAUAUAUAAUGUUUAUCUAGUCAAUUAAGUUAUUGUUGUUACUUAAUUUAUUAUCUGUAUGUAUCUAGUUAAAUAGUAUACCUGCUUAAAUUGUGAUAAAUUCUAUAAAAAUUAGCUGAGUAAAUUAUAUAUAUAUACAUAUAAAUGAAAUUAUAAUUUAGGCAUAUUACUAGCUAUAAAGGUUGAAUGUCAUUUUGAAUGUUCCAUUUUGUUUCAAUUAUAUGAAAAAGUUAUUAGUUGAGUAACUUUUAAAUAGUAGAAUAACACGUUUAUAUAUUAUAGCAAAUAUUGUAAGAGGAUGCAUGUAAUAUUUUAAAAUACCUAGGGAUUCUUUAGGAAUUAGUUUUUAAUAAUCUAUUGAACAGACUGUAAUAAUUUGUAUAUACUGUACUCUUGCAAAGUUCACUGUACUAAAUCUAGAACUAUUUUGUAAAUAGCGUUAUGCAAUGUUGCAUGCUAGAAUUUUAAUAAAAUUCACUUUAUCUCUUGCUA